CAACAAUUGCGAUGGACAUAUCGCAAAGAUUAGUUAAUUUUCGAUAAUUAUGGCUAGUUCUACAUUUUCUGUGCCUUGUAUUCACAUUCUGAACGUCUGAACAUUAUUUUACCAAUCUGUCUUGCUGCCGAAGCCUGCCCCCUACCAGUUUAGGUGUGUGGUGUUUUAGGUGUUGAGGCGGGAGCUAGAAGUCGUGAUGGCUGAAGGUAGUGAGUCGAGCGUACACUUGGGUGAAGAGGAAUUGGUGGCUAAAAGAAAAAGCACGUCUUUUAUAUGAAAAUAUUUUGGUUUUAGGAAGGAUGACUCGUUACAAACACGGGUACUUUGCAAGACUUUGCAAGCAGUGGUUGCAACUUGCCGAGGCAACACAACCAAUCUCCACAGCCACCUGCAACACAAUCAUAAAGAUCAGUAUGAAUAGGUCCAAAAAGCUAGCUUAAGCAGAAAAGCCGCUAAUGUUAUGCCAAGUCCAGCGGCGUCUAGCAGUAACAUUAAAGUGACUUCAAUUUAGCAGAGUUUUGAGAGUGUAACUCCUUAUGUGAAAUCAUCAAAGCGCUACAAAGGUAUAACGGCGGCCAUCGCACGGUUUUUGGCUAAAGACAUGAUGUCUAUGAAUACCGUAAACAGAGCUUUGUGGAGAUGAUUGAGCAACUUGACCGAAGGUAUCAAAUUCCAUCACGGAACUAUUUUUCUCAUGUCGCCAUUCCCCAAAUGUAUGACGCAUGUCGGAAAACAGUUAACCUCGAACUUGGUGGAGCUGACUACUAUGCAAGUACAACAGACCUUUGGUCAAGUCGUACAACACAGCCCUACAUGAAUUUCACCGUGCAUUUCCUCACUGAAGAUUUUGAAUUGAAAACACGGUGUCUAGAGACUGUAUACUUCCCCGAAUCGCACACUGGUGAAAAUAUAGCGUUUGGAUUACGUGAAGUAUUGGCCAGUUGGAAUUUACAGGAAGACCAGCAAGUGUGCAUAACCACGGAUACCGGCGCCAACGUCGUGAAGGCAACUCAAUUGAACAGCUGGGUCAGACUUCAGUGUUUUGGCCACAGGCUGCACCUUGCCAUCGAAAAUGCUCUUAAACAUGAUGGCCGCAUUUCUCGAGCAACUGGACUUUGCAGGAAGUUGGUGGGACAUUUCUCCCAUAGCUGGAAAGAGAAAAUGGCGCUAAAAAAGGCACAGCAGGAGCAUAACCUCCCAGAACACUCACUCGUUACAGAAUGCCAAACAAGGUGGGGAUCCAGGCAAAAAAUGAUAGAGAGAGUCCUUGAGCAGCACCGGGCUUUAUCUGAUGUCCUGUCAGAAGACAGAAAAUCAGGGCAUUUGGUACCUACCUGGCAGGACCUGGAUGUGCUUGAGUCUGUAAACCAGGCAUUACAGCCUCUGCAAGAAUUUACUGAUGCACUCUCAGGUGAGAGUUACGUAAGUGUUUCAUAUGUGAAACCAGUUCUUCAUCUGAUGAAGACAUCAGUUCUUGCAGAGAAGGAAGACGACUCUGACUUCACAAAAUCCAUUAAGAUGAAAAUUCUAAACUACAUGAGCUGUAAAUAUGAUUACUCUGCAACCCAAGAACUUCUGGACAUGGCAUGCUUCGUGGACCCCAGAUUCAAAGCAAGCUACAUUAACAGUGACAAGGUUGCAGACAUUGAGACCAGAGUGAUGUCAGAAAUGGAAGCAACCGCAUGGAAGGAGAGACGUCCUGCUGACAGUGGGGCCCAGAGUGUGGAUCCACCUAGCACCACUUUGAAGAAAGCAAGAAAAUCACUGGGCAGUUUCUUCAAGACGGCCCCAAUCCCUGUUUCACCUUCUGUGCAAUUGGAACGAGCUGUAGAAGCUGAACUGAACAGCUACUUGCUGUCGCCUACCAUAGAUAGUGAGGCAGACCCUCUGGCCUGGUGGAGACUCCACGGGGUUCACUUCCCACAGCUCAGUAAACUAGCUAGAAAGUAUCUCUGUAUACCUGCAAGUAGUUCACCUUCAGAGAGACUUUUUAGUACAUCAGGGAAUGUUGUGACAUGCCAACGCACAUGCUUAAAACCUAGCAAAGUAAACAUGCUUGUUUUCUUAGCCAAAAACUUGCCAUAAAGCAUCCUCACACAUGUGUACACACACACGCACACACACACACACACUUUAACGUUGCACUGCAUUGCCUUGAUGAUGCCAAUGAUGGUCAUCACACAGUGUUUGUUCUUGACCAUGUGUAUUUUAGUUUAACUACAUUGUUGCACUUUAUUCCUUGUGCCUUUUUGGCCAAGAACUCCCCAUUAUUGUUUUAUUAUUGUUAUGUUCUGUUGUUUUUCCUGUCGUCAUGUAAGCCACCAGACCCCAUUCUGCAACACGUUCUUGACUCAACAAAUUAGUGGUCAGAAAAAAGUUACCAUUUUAAGUUGGCAUGCAGUUAAAUAAUUAUGUUUACAUUUAUUUUAAAUAAUUUUUGAAUGUUUUAAG